UUUUUUUUUAAAUGGCGAACACGAAAAAGAACCAACUUUACGGGAAAGUGCCAGUAAAUGAUGUGAUAAGUGAAAAUGAAGAAACCCAUGUACCUUCUUACGGCUAUGGAAUCCGUCAUGUUCAAGCCGUAAUUCUCUUUAUCUGCAUGUUGGUUGGUUAUAUGGCAAGAACCCACCUAGGAGUCACCAUAGUAGCGAUGACCAAUGAAAAAUCUUCAUUUAAUAUGACAGUUCUGGAAGCAAAUGAAACAGAACUAAAUACAACUGAUGCUUUGGAUUUUAAUAUCACUGACGCUGGUCAUGAAAUACAUGUUUCAAACAGUAGUAAUGAAGGCAGCAUAUUAGGGAAUGUUUAUCGGGUAAAUCGGAAAGUUUUAAGUUUUAACACCACCUUCCAGACGUACGACUGGUCAAAACCUAUACAUGAAUUGAUCUUGGGUGCUUUCUUCGUGGGGUAUGCCAUCGCCAUGUUUCCCACCGGCAUGAUCUGUCAACGUUUCGGUGGGAAGUUGCCACUUCAGAUAAGUCUGCUGAUAAAUGGAAUAGUAACUUUAGCGACUCCGUCCGUUGCUGUUUGGGGUGGCUGGAAGGCCGUGUACUGUUGUCGAGUCAUCCAAGGAUUAAGCCAAGCUGGUCUAUACCCAAGUGCUCACUGCCUUCUAGCCAAAUGGGUCCCUGUCAGUGAGAAAGCCACUAUUAGCAGUUUUGUAUACACUGGAACCUUAUUAGGCACAGUGAUUGCCUUUCAAAUAGCAGGGUUAUUGGCCAAUACUUCUGCAGGGUGGCCGAGCACCUUCUGGAUCACAGGCGCUUUGUGUAUAGCGGCUUGUCUUAUGUUAACUGUCUUCGGCGCUGCCAGCCCUGAUCUUCACAAGACUAUCAGCGAGGAUGAGAAAAAUUUCAUUUUGGGCAAGAUUGAUGAUGGCGUAAAGAAAAAGACUGCCAAGGCACCUUGGAAACGUAUCUUCACAUCGUUACCCGUCUGGUCUGCAUUCAUUACUCAAUCUUCUUCCGGGAUCUGUCUCGUCUUUCUUUUUACUCAAUUACCAUCAUACAUGCAUUAUAUACUCGGCUUUAACGUCAAAGAUAGUGGACUUCUAUCCUCACUGCCUUAUAUAGCGAGUUCUUUCGCAAAUAUUGGCUUCGGAGUCUUUUCUGACUUCUGCAUCAACAGGGGCUAUCUCUCAACUAAAAAUGCGCGUAAGGUGUGCAACAGUUUUGCUCAUUGGGGUCCAGCAGUGUGUCUGGUGUCAGUUUCUUUCAUACACAAUAGUGGACUAGCGGUGUUAAUGUUAAUUAUGGCAGUGGCACUGACUGCAGGCAUUCACUCUGGAUGGAUGGUUAACUUUAUAGACUUGUCACCUAACUACAGCGGUUCUUUGAUGGCCACUGGCAAUACCUUUUCAACAAUAGGCAUCACCUUUCUGCCCGUUCUUGUAUCUAACGUGGUCAUCGAUGCGUAUGAUCCGCAUCAGUGGCGCAUUGUCCUGUUUGUGAUAGCUACUAUUAUAUCCAUCUGCAAUGCAGUUUUUGUCCUCUUCAUGUCUGCUGAUAAGCAACUUUGGGACCAGAGCGAUGAUGAAGAAAACGCUGAAGCCGAAAAAGCUAUCGAAAUAACGUUAAUGGAAAAA